AUGUAUAUCAACCUCACAUAAAAUAAUAAGUCUUGGUGGACUCAUACUUCACUUGUCCCAACAGAAACAUAAAAUUAGGUCAUUAAUUUAGUGAAUCGAUAAUCUAGUUUCUAGAAUAAGGCAACACUACUUACCACUUAUUUGAGUUUAGAGGCAGUCAAUAGAAUAGGUCCAGCAAAGAAGUUAGCCAUUUAUUUCAAAGCUGGAAUUGUUGGUGCAGUGUUUUUAGGAACAAAAUUUGCAUCAGGAAGUUAUUACGCAAAAAGCAUCAAACCAGAAAUAGGCAAAUUGCUCGAUGGAGCUCCUGUUUGGGAAAAUAAGUUUGAUGUGCCAGAAUUAGAUAAAAAAUUCUUUUUCAUUGAUGAUGACAACAACUUUGAACCAUCAUUAUGGCAUCAUGGCAUCAAUCAAAUUGACAAGCCCAAAUAGUUUUACAAAUUUGAAUGAGCAUUAAAACAGAUAUAAAUAUAUAUAUAUAAAUUAAUAAAAAA